GUUGCAGUUGCCGUCGCUGUCUCCUACUUCUCUUGGCCCCAGGGAAGGACUUCCCCGCCAGCGGGACAGUGCGGGGACUGGAGAGGGAAUCUUUUAUGUGACUGAUUCAAUGGGGGAGGGAGCAGACAGUUAUCUCGAAGAAAAAAGGGCAAGACCAAAGAAUAAAACAUGGGUUUCCCCCCACUAAAAUGGCUUGGUGAUUCCCGCUCCUGUUUUCGGGGUCUUUCCCCGAAAUGGCGGUUUCCGUCUUGUCCUUGCCUCACUGCGACCCGGAGAGUUUGGUAGGCGGGGUGGGGAGAGGCAGAGGCGGUCCCUGCAGCCAAUUAGUGCUUGAUGUGUUCGUCGGCCGUGUUGUGAUUGGCUAGCGAUGACCUCAUGCUGCAGCAGCGGGUAGGGCCAGAGCAGUUGGGGGAGGCUGUUGCAAAGGCAGAGAGGGAGAAGUGACGGUGGAGUUCGUUGCUGCCCCGGCGAUGUGGAACCCAAGCAGUGGCGAAGGGAAUCUCAAGGCUCUUCCCUGAUAUUUUCUCCUGUCCCUGCGCGAGUAAUACCUCGGUACUAGUCGGCUUCAGAACUGGUCAAACCCUGUAUUUGUUGCAUUUUGACGAGAAUAAAAUGUUUUGGGACUCGGCACACUUGCUAAAACUUGUAUGAGUUACAGCACUGCCCUGCAAGAGAAAAUAUUUCAUCACUCAUCGCUUGCUUGUCAUUUGGCACCCCUCUCUCUGGAUGAAACGGAAGUCGACCCAUCAAUCUCACGGUAGCUCACCAACAGUACAGAACCUCCACGUAUUCAUCAUUACUGUCUGUACUUUUGUGCACUUUUAAGUGCUAAUCAUGGGUUGCAAAAAGGUUAAGGGUGAUACCACUAAGCCUAAAAGGCAGUUAAUAAGAACCACAAUUGAAAAGAAAAAAGAGAUCAUAGCUAAGUAUGAGAGUGGUAUAGGUGUGACUGAUAUUGCUGUAAUAUUCAAGAUGCCGAGAACAACGAUCUCUACAAUAGUGAGAAAUAAGGAAGCAAUUAAAGCAGCUAGUGUUGCCAAAGGUGUAAAGUCUGUAAGUAAGCAACGUUCACAGACAUUGGAAGAAGUUGAAAAAUUGCUUUACAUCUGGAUUAAUGAAAAACAAUUAGCAGGUGACAGCAUUUCUGAGGCAAUAAUUUGCGAGAAAGCUAGGCAGUUGCAUGCUGAUCUGUUAAAAGACAAGCCUGGAACAAGUGGUGUGAGCACUGAAGUGUUUAAAGCCAGUCGUGGGUGGUUCGAUAAAUUUAAAAAGAGAAUUGGCAUCCAUAAUAUGGCGAGGUGUGGAGAGGUCAAUGAAGAUGCUAAAGUGUUAGUGGAGGAGCAUAGAGCAGAGCUCAGCACGAAGGAGCUACAGGAACUUCAAAAGAAACAGCAAGAAAUAGUGGCUGAGAAAAUUUCUUCAGGUGGGGAGGAAGGAAGGGAGGAAGCGUCUACUGCGCUGAUAAAGGAAAUGUGCAGUAAGUGGAUUGAAGUUCAAAACUUUGUGGAAAAGUAUCACCCAGACAAAGCUCUAGCAAGCCGAAAUGUGGACCUGUUUAAUGAACAGACAAUGUCACACUUUAGAAACAUUUUGAAACAUAGACAAAAACAAGUUUCUUUUGAUAGAUUUUAAGUGAAACUCUAAAUCCGAGUCUCCAGCAGUGUUCAGUGAAGCGAAGAGACAGAAAACAGAAGAAAUCCCUGAGAAAGCAUCUGAAAUUGUCUUGGAAGAGCGCUCCUCUUCCAACAGUUCCCCCCUUUCCUCCUCCACCUCACCAUCAUCUCAUUAUUCCAGGAAAACUCACUACAGGUUAUGAUGGCUGGUAAUUUAACCAACGACCAACGAAAAUGGAUACUUAAACAAUACUGGAAGACAGAAAAUGCUGAAAAGGUUAGACAGAAAUGGGCUGAAGAAUUUGAUACACCUUCACCAAGUAGACAGACAAUUUACAGAAUACGUGAUAAAUUUGAUAAAACUGGGUCAAUCUGUAAUGCUCCAAAAAGUGGUCGACCAGUCAGUAUUACCACCCAGGAAAAUGAAAUGUUAGUAAGUCAGGCAUUUACAGAGAGUCCCAAAAAAUCAAAACAAAGAGCUUCUGUUGAAUUAGGCAUUUCCUGUAGAUCUUUGAGUCGUAUAAUGCAACGUUUAGGUUUGAAAAUGUAUCGACCAAGAUUGCUUCAUGGGUUACUAGAGGAUGAUCCAGAUCGCCGUUUACAAUUCUGUGAAGUGGUUCUCAAUGAAGAAAGACAAGGCAAUAGCAUCAUUGAUAAAAUUAUAUGGUCCAAUGAAGCUCAUUUUAAACUUUCAGGUGCUGUGUAUCGACACAACUGUGUCUACUUUUCAAGAGAAAAUUCCCAUAUAAUGAUAGAAGGACAGUUAAAUGAGCCAGGAAUUACAGUUUGGGCAGGAUUUUCAUGUAAAGGGGUAUUUGGACCUAUUUUUUUUCAUACAGCUAUUACACAAGAUCUCUAUCUUAACAUGCUAAAGGACACUGUUUUACCACAGUUACAGAGACAGCAUGAUAAUGAUGACUACUUCUUUCAACAAGACGAAGCUCAUCCACACUGUGCCGUAACAGUGCGUGAGUUUCUUGAUGAACAAUUACCCAACAGGUGGAUAGGUAGACGAGGACCAGUGGAAUGGCCACCACGAUCACCAGACCUCACCCCAAUGGACUUCUUUUUUUGGGGUGUUGUCAAAGAUAAAGUCUUUUUACGAAAACCACGUACUGUAGAUGAUAUGAUUUGCUGCAUAAGAGAAGUGUGUCAAGAAAUUGAUGACAAUAAAGAACUCUGUGCCAAAGUGUGCUCGAAUAUAGCGAGUAGACUACAAGAAUGUGUAAAUAAUGAAGGCCGGCAAUUUGAGCAGUCGCAAGAUUGUACCUAAGUGUGUUGUGACAUUUCUUUUGAGUUAAUAAAGUUACUGUAAUUAUCAUAA